UUUUCUUCAAGCAAGAAUUCGGUAGGAACGUUUCAUUGUGCGAAAAUUAAAGUUUUAAAUUUUACAUUGAAAAUUUAGUCGAAUGGAGGGGUAGUUAGUUGGGGGAGUAACUUUUAACCGCGAGCAUCACUUAGGUUUAGGCAAAUUGCGCAUCACGUUUUAAAUUUAGUGAAAAUUACUUGAUUGAAAGUUGUUGAAGGAAUUCUGGAUUCUUUUUUCCUCGAGAAGGGGGAAGAUGUAGGUUCCGCUCGGAUUGUUUGGAGUGUUGAACAUUUUUGAACUGUUUUCGGACAAGAUUUUAUUGGGGUUGGAUUAGGGUCGCGAUGGACGAGCAAAUGAGUCAAGAUUCCAGUGAUGUCGAGAUGAACAACUCGAAGGGCGUGCUGCUCAAGAUUGCGAACCUGUACGCGGAGCAGCUGAUGUCGGACGUGUGCCUGGUGGUGGGGGACAACCGGUAUCCGGCCCACCGGGUGAUUCUUUGUGCCAGCAGCGACGUGUUCCAGGUGAUGCUGAUGAACCCGGAGUGGAACGAGUGCCGCGAGAGCGUGAUCGAGCUGAAGGAGGACCCGAUGUGUUCGAUGGUGUUUCCGCAGUUUCUGAAGUACCUGUACGUGGGCCAGAUCAAGGUUUCCAUCCAGACGGUGAUGCCGAUGCUGGAGCUGGCGGACAAGUACAACAUCAAGGACUUGGUCGAGCUCUGCGUGGACUACAUGACGAAGCACGUGGCCAAGGCGGCCACGCAGGGUUACCUGGUCAGCUGGUUUCAGUACACGAUAUCGUUGGGGAGCUCGCACGUCAACCUGGCUGCGAUUAUGAAGAACUUUAUCAAGUGGAACCUGGACAUUGUGUCGGAGUCGAACGAUUUCAACGAGCUGUGCGGAAUGAUUCUGGUGACGCUGCUGCAGCAGAACGACCUCGUGGUGCAGAGCGAAUUCACCCUGUUUGAAUAUCUGGAGAAGUGGCUGUUGUACAAGCGGGACCAACUGGAGAAGGAGCCGGACAUGACCGAGGAGGAGAAGCAGUACGAGCUAGUCAGCACGAUAGAGGCCGUCUUCGUGCACGUGCGCUUCGCCAUGAUGUCCCCGUCGGAGCUGGCCAAGAUCCUGGUGCGGCCGAUCUGCCAACAUCACAUGGAGUUCUUCGUGGAGCGGGUCGCGAUCGGCAUGAGCUACCACUCGGGCCAGGAGGAGCGCAUCCGGGAGAUCCGGGGGCAGGAAAACGGCGCGCUCCAGUUCACGCCGCGGCUGUACACGACGGACGUGUGGGGCCUGAGCAUGGCGAUCAACGGGUUCGACCAGAUCGAGGACUACCGGAGCUUUGUGGCGUGCUUCUUCUCGCUGAACUACCUGUCCGAGUGUCAUGAGGAGCAAGGCAUCGCCUGGGAGAUUGAGUUCUUCCCGCGCGGCGUUCGCUACAACCGUGCCAAGCUGAUCGGGGUGUUCAACAUCCCGGACAACACGGAGAUCCCCGAGUCGAUCAUACGGACGGUGCGGUUGAAGGUACUGCUGCAGGAGCGGCUCGAGGAGGAUCGGAGGUUUACGGUCGGCGUCCUGAUCAGCGGCGUCCAGAGCAAGAUCACGCACGUGCGCACCUGCCACGUCCGGACGGCGUACUUUAGCAACGAGCAGCGCGUGCUCAACAUCGACAAUCUGAUCCCGUACGAGGAGCUGCAGCUGAGCGCGGUCAACCUGAGCCAGCACCUGAUUGGGGAGAAGCGGGACACGAUCCGGCUGCAGGUGGUGAUCGCACCCCUGGGGGAGCACGCGUGCACCGAGACGCCCCCGUUCGAGUUUGGCAACUUAUAACAAUGCGCGAAAUAAAAAAAAGCGCGGGGUAGUUUGUAAGAGAUUCAAACGCGCCGCGGCUCGGCUUUACUAUUGUUUAAUUGGUAAGAGGAGAAACACAGCAACUUUUGUUUUUACGUUGAUCGUUUUUAGUUUAUUUGAGUUUUUCUGUAGGAGAAUUGCAAGAGAAUGUUUUGUGGGAA